CGGAGCGAUGACGUCCUCUCGGAGCGCCAGGCCGCCCGGGGAAAGGGAAAGGAGAAGGCGCGCCGAAGCGCGAGCAGCCGGUACACCCCAUGGCCCUGCGGGCUCUGACCCGCGCCCUGGGCUCUCUGAGCCUGGCGCCCUCCGCUCCUUCCGCCCCCGUCCCGAAUGUGCUCCCUGCAGCCCAGGUGAUGAGUAAUGCCUUCCUCCAACUGCCAUCUGCCUCGAUGUUGCUCCCUUGCCGUCCAGUGCUUACUUCUGCAAGGCUUAGUGCCAAGUUUGUGUCCUGGAAGAGUCGUACUACUUACACCACUAAACCAGUGAAGAUGAGGAAGUCUGGAGGUCGAGACCACACAGGCCGCAUCCGAGUACAUGGUAUUGGUGGAGGCCACAAGCAGUGUUAUCGCAUGAUUGACUUUCUGCGUUUCCGGCCACAGAAGGAGACCAAGCCAGAACCCUUUGAGGAGAAGGUUAUUGUAGUCCGCUAUGAUCCCUGUAGGUCAGCAGACAUAGCUCUGGUUGCUGGGGGUAGCCGGAAACGCUGGAUCAUUGCCACAGAAAACAUGAAGGUGGGGGAUACAAUCCUGAAUUCAAACCACAUAGGCCGAAUGGCAGUUGCUGCUCAGGAAGGCGAUGCACAUCCUCUGGGGGCUCUGCCCGUGGGUACUCUCAUCAACAAUGUGGAAAGUGAGCCAGGCCGAGGGGCGCAGUAUAUCCGAGCUGCAGGGACUUGUGGUGUGCUGCUCCGGAAGGUGAAUGGGACAGCCAUUAUCCAGCUGCCCUCCAAGAGGCAGAUGCAGGUGCUCGAUACGUGCAUAGCAACGGUAGGCCGCGUAUCCAACGUGGAUCAUGACAAGCGCGUGAUUGGCAAAGCGGGUCGGAACCGCUGGCUGGGCAAGCGGCCUAACAGCGGGCUGUGGCACCGGAAGGGCGGCUGGGCGGGCCGAAAGAUUCGGCCGCUGCCCCCCAUGAAGAGUUACGUGAAACUGCCCUCUGCUGCAGCCCAGGGCUAGUGCCCGCGGACUCUUAAUAAAGUGCGCCCAUCCGCGC